CAGUCUAAAAGGAAAUCAGUACACGUAAUGCUGUGACAACAAAGAUUCACUAAGCCAGUAAAACAGAAACAAGGAGAGGGCCCUGCGGAGACGACGAGAGACAGUGUCUGAGUCUUCAAGGAAGGCUACAUCGACUGUGUCGUCCAGAGAGCCAAAACAACCAGUGAAACGUCGGCAUGGCAACCAACAAUCCACGGAAAGCACUGAUAUUCAAGAUACAGAAAAAACUUUGUACAUUGACUACAGAGCAGCUGCAGACAGUUCUGUCUUUGACUGAUGAUGGAAGUGCCAUUCAUGUUUAUGAUUUAAGUGAACCAGAACUGUAUGAUUUGAUUGUUGACUUUGUUAAAAGUGAGAAACUGAGAGAGUUGGAGGAUGAAGGCAUGUCUCAGCUCCUCCUUUUGGAUGAACUGAUUAGUAACCUGCUCGCCACUGACAACCAACCACCAACAGCAAGUGAAACUGUAAUGAAUGACUGCGAUACUCAACAUGCAGAAAGGAGAGACAAAAAUGUACAAGAGGAGACUGAAAACAUUUCUGGAUCACCACCAAGAAAUGAAGUGACUCCUCAACUUACACUUGUGUUAAUUGGGAACAAAAAUUCCAUUGAGAUUGGAUCAAAAAACAUCUUACUGGACCAUGACCAGGAGAUACAUGAGAAAGAGUUUUCAUCAAGACUGUAUGACCUAUUGGGUCGUCAGAUCUUUGUAAUUAAUAUGCUUGGAUUUCCAAAUAUUGACACGAUUCCAGAGAUUCCAGAAGAUUGUGUCUUUAUCUUGCUGGUAUCAAAUGACCAGCAUGAAAACCAGUAUACUUCUGGAAUGCAGUGGUUAGAAAAAACACUGGGAAAGGAGCUCAGCUCUUAUGUGAUGACAGUUGUGACUCAUGAUGACUCAGAAGAAAUUUGUGAAAAUGAACUUCAGAAGCUGAAAGCAAAGAGCAGUUUUUCUGAAAAAAGAUAUCAUACAUGUGCAAGAAGUAUGAUGGAUGAAAAUGAGAUAGUGGCUCUUUUAGAAAAAAUAAAUGACAUGGUCUCUGAAAAUAGACGGAUGAGUGGAGGAAACCAAGCCAACCCUGAUGAAAGGUUAAAGACAGUCACUGACCUUCCAGAAGAACGACCAUCUCCGCAGCAAUCCAUCAUCACUGCAGUAACAAAACAAAGAAAGGACGGUGGACAUGACUUGAAGGCAACUUUCAGUGAGGAAAACUCAGAGACGAAUGAAGGCAACAAGAAAGGACAAAAGAAGAGAAAAACUGAAAUUAGAGAGAAUGUUGGUGGUAAGGGCCAAGAGAUUUGUGAAAAAAAAGGAGCAGGAAAGUCUGAAAUCAACGUGGUUUCAUGUGAGCUAUGCCAGGAAAGUAACCUUUUACGACAACAGCAAUCCACACAACUACCCACUAACACUGGUGCCUUUAAUGUGGAUGCAAGAACAGAAAAGCCUACUUCAAAGACUUUUGAGGAGAGCCAAAAGAAACAUCAAAAAGAAACUGAAAAACUACUCAGAAGACUUCACCUCCAGGACCAACAUCAACACAUGCUGUCAUCAGAAGACUUUGUACAAAUACGUCCACCUAUAAAAAAGACUAAUGAGAUCUUUGAGAGAGAUCUAGUUAGUGCUUUUCUUCAGACGUUAAUGAUGUUAGAUUAUAGAGCCAGAUACAUCCCUGUUCAGCAAGAAAGCUCUGAUGUUACAGAUGACGAUGACUUAGAUGCUCUUUUUGCAACUAAUGUAGAGAUAGAUCAGUCAAAAGAGAAUCAUGUGCAUCCAAUGGAUGUUCAAAUGGCAGUAUUUCACUGCUCAGACAGCUUCCUUAAACAGAAAAUGAUCACAAAGUUGUCACAGUGUCAGUAUGCUUUACCACUGCUUGUUCCUGAUCUUCUCUCAACAAAUAUUGAGUGUCCUUUGUGGACAUUCAGACAAAUAACAAAAACUUGGAAAAUAAGCACAAACAAAGAAAAUGCAACCACUGUCACCAUGAAAAGCAUGCCAAUCUACAAAGCUGACACUCCCAUGGUUUCAUUUUUCCGACUGGGCUCCAUGUCUUUGUCCAAAUCUCAGCUGAUGAAUGCCUUGAUCAACGACCGCCACAACACAUUCUUCCACAGAAACUGUAAAGGCAGCACCAAAUCUCGUUACUUGAUGGAUGGCGUGGCAGAGAUUGCCUGGUACUGCCCUGCUGGAAAAGACAAUGAUUUCUUUACUGACUGCAUUGCCUUCUGUAAUCUUCAUGGGGAUUCUCUAGCAAUUGGAAAACAGCGUGAAAUCCUGACUGAAAUGUCAUCAGUCAUUGUUGUUCUUGUGCCAACUCUGGAAAAAUGCCAGGAAAGUACUGCAGUCAUUUCUAUGCUUUACAAGUCUUCAAAGCCUCUAAUCAUCCUCAAUGCAGACAAUGACAGUAGUGCAGUUCGGGUGAAACCUCAAAAAUACAAACUAGGGCUGAAAGAAAGAAGCCAGUCGGAUGUUUCUGAAGAACUAAAGAAGAUUAUAAAAAGCCUUUUGUCUGGACCCCACACAUCCUUCAGGCUGGAGACUAUGGCCAAAGUCUCUGGGGUCAAAGUGGAUGAAGAUCAGAAAGUCUGCCAGAAUGGGAAAUCUGCGGCAAUGGAAAUAAUUGAAUUGAUAGAAAGGAUGGACGUUUCCAAAAUCAAAGCUAAAUUUCUCCCCUGCCAAGGUCAACUUUGGUCCAACUGGUGCAAAAUCAAUAAAGAGUUGCAUCAUCUAAAGGGAGACAUGGAGAAAGAAAAGGGCCAGAAGAGUCAUCAGCUAAUGAAACUACGAGAGAAACAGUGUGAUGUAUCUAAUAGUAAACUGAUGAGGUUGUUCACUCAAAGCCUCCAGAGUUUGCCACCAAAAGAAAGAGAAUAUUUCUUGACAUGGACUCAGAUCCUUAUAGAUGCCCUCUCCACAGAUGAUCUCUCUUCAAUUCUCCAAAAUUAUGAUGAAACCUGGUCAGAGGUCUUGGUCUUGAAAAAUAAACAUGACAAAUCUGCUCAAUUAAAACACAAACAAACGGAGCUUGAACUGUUGUCACAAAAGCUUCAAUCUGCAACCUUCGGUCUGGAACACAUCUUCAGAGAGAUGGGACAGAUCUAUGAAGCCCAUAAAUCUUUGAAGAAACCAUUGCUGUACCAACAACAUGAUUGGACCAAAUACCCUGAGCUGGCUGCAGAUCUGAUGAUAUCAGGACACCCAAUGGAGUUGAUGGAUGGGGAUGCAGGCCAUGUGCCUUUAAUAUGGAUCUCUAAUCUUUUACAGGAAGUCAUCAAGAAACUUGGUGACCCGAGAGUUUUUGUGCUGUCGGUUCUGGGUGUACAAAGUAGCGGAAAGUCAACGAUGCUGAAUGCCAUGUUUGGCCUGCAGUUUGCAGUCAGUGCUGGAAGGUGCACCAAGGGUGCCUACAUGCAAUUGGUUAAGCUGUCACAGGAAAACAAGGAUAAAUACCAGUUUGACUACAUUCUAGUUGUAGACACUGAAGGACUGCGUGCUCUUGAGUUAGCAGGUAAUGCUACCCUUCAUCAUGACAAUGAACUUGCAACAUUUGUUGUUGGUCUGGGAAACAUGACACUGAUCAACAUCUUUGGUGAGAAUCUAGCUGACAUGCAAGAUGUCCUACAAAAUGUUGUGCAGGCUUUGAUGAGGAUGAAGAAAGUCAAACUUUCUCCAAGUUGUGUGUUUGUCCAUCAGAAUGUCACAGAUAUUACAGCAGCAGAGAAAAACAUGGAUGGAAAAAGACGUUUGCAGGAAAAACUGGACAAGAUGGCUCAACUUGCUGCCAAAGAGGAAGGAUGUGAUGUUGCGUGCUUCAGUGAUGUCAUCGCGUUUGAUGUGCAAAAAGAUGUGAAAUACUUUGCUCAGCUGUGGGAGGGAAGUCCACCAAUGGCUCCUCCAAAUCCAGGUUAUAGUGAGAGCAUCCAAGAACUCAAGUCCAUCAUCUUGUCUAAAGCCAAACAGUCUACUGGAAUCACUCUGUCACAUUUCAGCACCAAAAUUCAAGACCUGUGGAACGCUUUGAUGAAUGAACACUUUGUUUUUAGUUUCAAAAAUACACAGGAAAUUGCAGUUUAUAGAAAACUGGAGGUCCAAUAUGGGAACUGGACUUGGGCCCUGAGGAGUGAGAUGCUGAAUAUUGAAAACCAACUUUAUCCCAGAAUUGAAAAAGGACAACUGGACAAAGUUGAGCUGAGUUACCUUAAUACAGAAAUGGCUAAAACAUAUGAAGAAGGAACAAAAAAUAUGACAACUCACUUUGAAGAUGACAAAGACAAAGAAAUGUUGGUCCAAUGGCGGGGCCGAUUUGAGAACAAAAUCAAAGAGUUUCUUGAGGAACCUAUUACAAGUUUGAAGGUAAAACUGGAUGAAGUUAUCCAGCAAAAUAAUGCAAGAAAAAAUCUUGACCACAAGAAAACAGAGUUUGAAAACAAUCUGCUGCAGAAGAGCAAAGAGUUUGCUCACCAGUUAAAAUGCGUUGAUGAUGAAGAGGAACUAAAAGCACAGUUCAGCGACGUUUGGAGUCACUGGGUUAAGGAAUUAACCUCAGAUACAAAACCCAUCAAGAACAUAAACUUGGAGGAGGAUCAGAUUGCUGUCCUUCAAGAGCUUGGUGUUGAACGGGGACUCAUUGAUGAGUCAAAAAGAAGUAAGAGAUACAAAAAUCUGUCAGAACGUGGUGAUUAUUCUGAUUACAUAAGAAUGAAGAAGAGCAUUGGAGGUGUCUGUAAAUUAGUUAAAAUGACUUUUGUUCCACAUGAAGAACAGAAACUGAUCAGAUCAUUCAUUAAUGAGGUUGAACAAAAAUGUCUUACAGCUAUUAAGCGAAAACCUGUUGCAACAAGAGGCUUUACAUCAACUUACUUGAAGGAAGUGGUUCAAAUUAUAAAAUCUGAAAUAGAAGCAAUGGAAUCUCAGAGAAACUAUGUAUUCAAGAAGGAGUUUACAGUUGACCUUUCACUGUAUGUGUUUGAUAGGGCAGAAGGUUGGCUCUUAAACGCUCACAAGAUCUACAGAGACAACAAUGAUGCACUGACUUAUUUGGACAACAAGAAAAAUGAAUAUUACAACAUUUUCAGAAGCUUCUGCAAAGGAAGUUCAUCUACUGUGGUGUUUGGAGAAAUUAUGUGUGAAAAACUCAAAGUCUCUGCCGCUGAAGCCGUCUGUAACAAGACUGGAGUUGAUAUUGUUGGAGAGAUGAUGUGUAGUUUCCCAGCAUUCAAUGGGAAUAGACUGAAUUUAGAGAAGCAUGUGUUGGCAUCUCUGGCAGAGAAAGAAGACUUUAGCAGAUUCACCACCUACAUCAGAAAUCCAAGAGCUCAAGUAGAGGCUUUCAUCAAAGAAGAAGUAAAGGAAUACAUGUUCACAACGCAGAAAGUUAAAGCCCAGACUAUCCUUAAAAAAAAUGUAGAAGACAUCACAAGAGUCAUCAGUCAGGCUUUGUUUGAGGCAACAGAGAAAUUCAAACACAAGAAAGGAAACAUAGAAAUGUGGGUGGAGGAAUUUUCUAGUAAACUGAAGCCAAAGUUGACUCUUGACACCAUUAGUUGUCAAAACUUCAGUGACAUAAACAAUUUUGAAUUUCUCAAAGAAGAGAUAGAGAAAGGCCUGAAAAGCAUCACAACAGAGAUGAGCAAACUCUCCCUGGAAAAGGUGAAUGACUGCAGGCAGAAGCCUGAUCAGAUCCUGAUUGAUCAGCUGUGCAACUGCUGCUGGGAAAGGUGUCCAUUCUGUGCCGCUGUUUGCACAAACACUUUGAAGGACCACAGUCCUGAGAAGCACAGCGUUCCUUUUCAUCGACCCUCUGGAGUCAAAGGUUGGCAUGUAAGAGGAACAGUUGAGCUGGUCAUUGAUUUCUGUACCACGUUAGUUGCAAGUGACAAAAGCUUUUACCCUAAUAGUUCAGAUUGGACAGUUCCCUAUAAACAGUACCCAACUGCAGGAGAACCAUUUGCUUCUUGGAGCAUUACAGCUGAUGCCUCCAUGCUGCCCUUCUGGAAAUGGUUCAUCUGCCACUUUCAAAAUGAAUUAGAAGACUACUAUGGUUUGAAAUUUCAGGGUCAAGGAAAAAUUCCUCAGCAAUGGAAAAACUUCAGUAAGGAGGAUGCUAUUGAAAGUUUGAAUGAAAUGAGUAGUUUGUGAAGAAACUGCAGGUGUUCAUAGAAACUAAUCAAAGUUGUGGGUUUGAUCAGUAAUUGUGAUGUUCAAGGUUCUUCAAAAUGAAUAAAUGAUCAUUUAUUACCUUUGGUUUGUACAUCCUGAAUGAGUUAUAUUUGAAGGAUAGCUGAAAUGGCUUCAAACAAACAGUUGUAUGUUUUACUUUAUAUUAUUUUUCACUCUUUUUGGGAUUUCUUAUUUUUUGUUAUUCUGAUUAUUUUUUAAUCACCAAAAAGGUCUUAUUUAGGAAAUAACCAUUGAAAUAUCAAAUAUGACUCUUGAUUUGGGUUACAGUAUGUAAACAUCUUGCCUUUUGUAUCCAGAGGAAAUCAGUUUAUUAUGGUAUAUUUUCUCAUGUUUUAAAAUGUUAUACAUGUAUGGUAAAAUUAAAAUCUUAAUCCAUAUAUUUUUAAUCCCCAUUACAAUCAUAUUGAUCCAGUAGAUAAAUACCUUAAAAUAAACCACAUGUGAAUUUCAUGAACUAGAUUUUUUUUGUAAAUGAUCAACAAUUUAGAUUGUUGAUCAUUUCUUCAUUUCUAUUUCAUUUCUAAAACUCUAUUUUUUCAUUUAUGUUCAAACUUUGCUGUGUUAAACUAAUUUGUUAAGCAACUGAAUAUUUUUCAUCCAUAUUUCCUUUUAGUUUUUUUUAUUUCUUUAUUAAUUCUAUGGUUUAUUCCCUGUAAAUUGUUUUUUUCUAAAUAAACUCAAAGUUUUGUAAUAGAAAAUGAUAAUGUAAAACAUGUAACCACCCUUGAAGUAAAUGAAAUAAGUAUACUUCUUUGACAUAUCACAUCAUUUAUAAUAAAUAUUAUUAGAUUUAACAGGACAGAUAACACAAAUGAUGCAGAAAACUGUUUCACCAGUAAAAGUUAUGUUUGAUUUUAACUUGUAUUAAAUUCACUAAAAUGCUCCUGAUUUCUUUUCUUCACCUCUUCAAAAUAAAAAAAGGAAAUAAAUAAAGGUGUGAAAACAAAU